AUGUCCUUCGGCUACGUGGAGCUCUUCAACGGUCUGGCCAUGGAGAUGUUCUCCUCCAUGCGCUACCUCGUCUACGGGCUCCGCUCCAACAUUGAGGCCAUUCAUUUCGGGAAGGGCUCGAUUCUAGUCGACAUGGAUAUCACACUUUUAAUGGAACUGAAGAAAUUCAACGAAAUGCGCGACUUCUUGCCAUUCCACGACGUCGUUAACAGUGCCACCGCUUUAACGGUGAAUCAAGUUCUGUUUUGCGGAAGCCGACGGCAGAUUUAUGUGCUCGACAAGUUCUUACGGCUCAUUGUCCCCUGCUACAGCGAAUUCCCUUGGAAUCAGGUGUUCCGCAUGAACCGCGUGAACCUGACGUUAAUGGCCGCUGUGGCAAAGGAAAUUGUCAGCUACAUGGACGGGAAGGAAUGGUAUGUCGUCAAAUUUGCUUUGCAGACAGAGUGUACAGUGGGGGACCUGACCCAAUGGCAAAAAACGUACCAUUUUGCAUCCGGAAAGUAUCAAAAAUGUGGCAAAAUGCUUCACUCCCCAAGUGAAAAAACUUCGUUUUUAAGGGCGCGCACAUCAACCACAAACAGAAUGCCAAGAUUUUUGGCAUUCGGUUUUUUAAGGGUCUCUAAUGUUUUAGCUUACUGUGCAGUGGGUAAUGAACAAAAUAACAUGAACCUGCGAUUAAAACAUUGCCAAGGACCCAUAUUUUUUAAAUUAAUAGAUUUUGGCGUUCUUCGGCCACCAGGUUAGCGACAAACGGCCGGAGAAAAUCGAAUUUUUGCAAACUUUGCGGCCGAAUAACUUGUCUAAAACGAUUGAAACACGGAAAGUGAUUGCAACGAUCUUCAGAAUAUUGUAUUCUAAGGUAGUAUGCGAAGUUUGAAGCAAAUCGGACAGAUAAUAAAAAAGUAGAUGCGAUUUUAAGCUUUUUACCUUAUGGAUUAUAUUACUUUAGGCAACUUUUAAUGUCCGACAGCGUUAAAUAGUCUAAUUAAUUAACUAUAUUAUCUCAUAACAUCCUGUUAAGGGAGAUUAAUUGCAAAAAUUUUAACUCUUAGGCCGAAAAAAAGUUUUACCUUAUAGUAGCAUACCUGAUCUUAUACCAAAAAUAAUGAAAGUUUAUGACUGAAGUCAAAGUUUUAAAACUAUCUAUGUGAGUUGAGAUGGCUUUCUAAGGCUAUACUGAGCUUUUGGAGUUGGUUUCAACUUCGCUGCGCCAAUUUCAAAAAUGGCCAAUAUCACUUAAAACGAGGUUCUUAGAACCGCUUCUAAACUGGUGCGGAUGCCACUAAUUAUGCUCUUAUUGUCUUUUUAGAUCAUAGUAGACCUAGCUGAGUCAAAAUUUACCGAUUUUAAAAAUAUUAUUUUAGUCACCUAAAUAUCAGUUUUUUUGGAAUUUUGAGUGAGUAAGCUAGUAUAUGACAUAGGGUUGCUUAUAGUUCUCUAAAACUACUCUAAUUAUGCUCACAGAAAAAAGAAUUUAGGCAAUUGCUUCGUUACGAAACGAUUUAGUAGCAAAAGAUGUCUAAAAUAAGGUUUUCAAAUCUACUACUACUACUAUUUUUUGGUCAGUCCGACUCGUUUCCAAUUUUUAAUUUGAGCUACCCUUGGGCACCCUAACAAAGUUAUGCAAACAGUUUUCCCGAUUUGAAACUUUUUUUUUUGUGGUUGAUGUGCGCGCCUUUCCCUCACGAAAAGAGCGGGCUUUUGAAAUCGGACUUUUUCCACUCUACAGUGACCUGAUGCAGUGGCAAAAAACGUACCAUUUUGCGUCCGAGAAGUUUCAGAAAUGUGGCAAAAUGCUUCCCCCUCCAAGUGAAAAUGCUCCGAUUUCAAAAACACGCCCGCUCUUUUCGUGAGGGAAAGGCGCGCCCUUCAAAACGAUGUUUUUUUCACUUGGAGAGAGAAGCAUUUCGCCACAUUUUUGAUACUUCCCGGAUGCAAAAUGGUACGCUUUUGCCAUUAGAUGAGGUCCGCCACUGUACACUCUCAUCGCCAAAGAUGGUUGUAUACUGUUUUACGACUCCGCUCACAAAUCGCGAGCUAAAAUUUUUAGGAACUGGUAUGCGGCUCAGACGUAAUUUGUGUAAAAUUGAAAAAAAAAAAUGAUUGCCGCUCUUUGAACACUUUGCUUGCAAAUCAAACUCAUUGAUCUUAAUUUUCACUUCCUCUUUUUUUUCUGCGACUGAUCGAAUUGAUCAGUCCAGAGUACAAAACUUACUUUAUUUUACGGGGAUUCUUAGGAAACACAAAAGUCUCAAAUCAGACAAAAAACAUAAUUUAUUUAAAAUCAUAAUUUUUCAGCCGAAAUCUCGGCUUGUCCGAGAAAAUUCUCAACCAGAAAGAGAGAAUUCUGGCAGAAUAUAACGCCUGGAAUCAGCUGAUCGACCCAAAUGGGCUUGGGCAACCAGCUUUCGAGGCCUUCAACGACCUCUUCUCCAACAUCGAGUUUCAUGAGAAAAGGGAUGGGAAAUUCACGCUGUUCCAUCGAUUGCCUAAUGAAAUUAAAUUUAUGGUAAUGUAAGUUGGCCUUCAAUGCUCAGACCUUAAUGCGACUUGGCACAAAAUUCGAGUUUUUUAAGACAAAUGCGAGAUUACAGGCUCGCGCUUUGCAGAAAAGAAAAAAAAAAAAAAAAAAAAAAACGAAAUUUUGCUAGGUUGAAAACAGAGAAAAAUUGGCAUUUUCAGCAAAUUUUGGCUUUAAAAAAUCGCGUACGGACAUAAAUAUUAUAAUUAGAAAUUGUCCAACUGUCAUCAAAACCCCUCAAUUUUCAGAAAAAAGGCUUCGGAUAUGCCCCCGACGUCUGUGGACUCAACCGGUCGAACUUUCAAUGUUCUCUACGGUAACAUUACUGAAGAAGAUCAGGACUAUGACUAUGAUCUUUUCAUCAUGACAUCCGGCAAAAAGGGAGUCGAAAAAGGAGAAAGCUCAGCGCAAGCGCGCCGAAGACGCCAUGAGAUGGAGAACGCGUUAGAUUACUAUUAG